AUGCUGAGGCUUUUACUGCUGCCAGUGCUCUUGGCACCACCAACGACAGCGUCGUCUGUCGGCCACAUUCUGCACUUCUCGGACGUCCACUUGAACCUCUCCGACUCGUCCUCCGCGUCGGAAAAAGAGGACGGGCACGUUCGCUAUUUCGCGGACGCGCCGUUGACGCUCUUUGAGUCUGCGCUUCGUUAUGCCAAAGAACAGGUCGUGGCCGACCCGGAGCUCCUCCUGUACACGGGAGACCACGCUGUGCACGGGUCACUUGCAGAUCGAUACAUUGCCAACGUCGUCGAGACGAACGUGCGUGCGAUGGAGAGGUAUUACCCGUCAAAGCGUGGGGCGCUGGACGUUACGGCCGUCAUUGGCAAUGCAGACGGGAGCCCGGACUACCACAUGGAAGUGACGGACCCGAAGACAGAGACGAACCCGUCCAUUGAGCUCAUUUCACAUGCUUGGGACGACUUGCUCUCGGCUGGCAAUAUGGACUCACUGAACCGACGGGGGUACCUGAGCUACGCACUGAGCGACAGGCUCCAUGUAAUCACGCUGAAUACUGUGCCAUACUCACCAAAUCAUGUGCCGGACACAUCGAACCAGCCGGACCCGUUCGGGCAGUUUGCGUGGCUGGACAAGACGCUUGCAGAACUUCGAGGUGCCGGCAAGUCUGCGUACAUUGCUGGCCACAUUGCCCCAAUCGUAGACUCAUACGGAGGCGAUCCACAAUGGCACACGCACUACAUUGUCAAGUACAAGAGUAUCGUUGGCAAGUACGCCGAUGUGAUCAAAGCACAGUUCUUUGGCCACGUCCACAGUAUCGAGUUCCGUGCGCCUGUGAUGUCGCUCGACGGGGCUGGCGCUGAGAACGAUGCUUUCCAGCUGCUACCGCUGUAUAUUUCGGGCUCAAUCUCGCCACUUUUUGGCAACAACCCGUCGUUCAUGGUAUGGGAAUACGAUACCGAUACGCACGAGGUGUGUGACUAUGCCGUGUAUGGAUCAGACAUCAGCGACAGCCAACCUCAGCUCAACUGGAAGCUGCUGUUUAAGGCAAGCGACGCGUACGGGCUGAAAUCACUAUCGUUGACAGAGAUUUCGGCCUUUGUGCGACGUGCGGAACAAAACGCGAGCUUGGUGGAGGACUACUACUGGAACAUGAAGGCGCGUUCACCUAACGCUGGAGCUUGCAAGGACGCCGUCUGUCGUGCGAAGACAUUGUGCUCGCUCAAGUGGUGGACUACGAGGGGUGAGUACUUGGCCUGCUUGGACACUGUCCGAGCGACGAAGGCUGGUCACGUACUUCACCACGACGGUACGGAAGCAUCAGUCUCGGCUGCUAUCAUCGCGGAAGCUUCGUUGCGCGACUACGGGACGAAAGACGUGCUGAUGACGAUCAGCGCGACAGCAGUAGCAACCGUCGUCGCAGUAGUCUGCGUUACGUUGACCGUCUAUGCGCUGAGACGUCGUGGGAUCCUCAAAUACCCGAUGGCAUACGAGCCCGUGACCACGUUCUAG